CAGUCUCGGGAGUUCCGCCAAUCUCAGCAGAUUCCUAGCGUCGUCGCCUCCUAAUUAGCUUCGAUUAUCAGCCUAGUCCAGCGCCUUCGCCAGAUAUCAUCUCUGCCGACAUGCGGAUCGACAUGAGCCUCAUGGAUCCGCCGUCGCUUCAGCCCGGCCGUUUCGACGAGGCGGAUGUCGGCUUCGCCGCGCCGUCGUUCCCGCUGCCGGCCGUGAAAGAUUUGGACGGCUUUCAGAACGCGGCGAUGGAGAUGGUGAAGCCGGCGCACGGCACGACGACGCUGGGGUUCGUGUUCGAGCACGGGGUCAUCAUCGCCGUCGACUCGCGCGCCACCAUGGGGCCUUAUAUCGCCUCGCAGACGGUGAAGAAGGUGAUUGAGAUCAACCCGCACCUGCUGGGCACCAUGGCUGGCGGUGCGGCGGACUGCCAGUUCUGGCAGCGAAACCUCGGUAAACAGUGCCGCCUGCACGAGCUGGAGAACGGGCGGCGCAUCAGUGUGGCGGGCGCGUCGAAGCUGCUGGCCAACACGCUCUUCUCGUACCGCGGCAUGGGGCUCUCCAUCGGCACCAUGAUCGCUGGAUGGGACGAGACGGGUCCAAAGCUGUUCUAUGUGGACAGUGAGGGGUCUCGCCUGGAGGGCCGGCGAUUCUCCGUGGGGUCAGGGUCGACGUACGCCUAUGGCGUGCUGGACGCAGGGUACCGCUGGGACCUAUCAGUGGAGGAGGCGGAGGAGCUGGGGCGGAGGGCCAUUUACCAUGCCACAUUCCGUGACUCCGCCAGUGGAGGCACCGCCUCAGUGUACCAUGUUGGUCCUCAAGGCUGGACGAAGGUGUCUGGUGACGAUGUAAAUGAGCUACACUACAAGUACUACCCUAGCAAGGAGGAGGGCAAAGAGGAGGCUAUGGUUGAUGCAUGAGAGUCGAACACAUUAGCUUAUGCGCUUUAAUUCUUCUGUUUUCCGGAUGGAUUUUGUUGGGAAGGGCCUGUAUAGCUGAAUCUUCGUUCUCUGUAUCCUAUUAGACGUUUGAUCAAAUUCGCUCUAGCGUAUCGUUGA